AUGACAAUCUGCAAUGCCAGCCUCCAAGUCCUGUCACACCGACAAGACCGCCACAGAAGCCCCGCAACAGUUAUCUUCACUCGUAGAUUGCGUCCAACAUCUGCAUUGUCCAUGAGUCCCAUGUUCCCUGCCUUUUCCGAAUCCUUCGAUUUGAACAACACUCAACUCCUGCUCAUCACCGGCGUGUGUAUCCUGUCCUUUGCCUAUGCCAAUUUGAUCGUCGUUCCCUGUUCCAAUAUCUUCGGUCGUCGCCUUACAUUCCUCGUUUUCUUGUCGAUCAGCUUCGCCUCAUAUAUAUGGGAGGCUCUCGCCUCGUCUUAUACCAGCUUUAUCGUGGCCCGAGUGGUGAAUGGAGCAGGGGCUGCGGCCUGUAUGACCAUGUCAUUAACUAUUUCAUACGAUAAACUUGCGCUGAGUUCGAGUGGCCGACUGACUGACCCAUGGAGUACCAGAUUCGGAUGGCGUAGCUUCUUCUGGCUAUCAAUGGCCAUGACCUGCUUCAACUUCAUCACUAUCCUCCUCUGCUCCCCAGAGACGAAGUAUCACCGUGACCAUGCGCCUAACCCACUGCGACAUACGCCACAUGCGUCUCUGACCCCAAAAGCCAUGGAAUCCCCCACAGACGUCAGCCCGACCGUAGAUUCGAAGGAAACUUACUCAACCCAACCACUACCCCCGAAGCCCGGGACUGGAUCCCCCUCUAGCGCCCAAUUCAAAAUAUGGCGAAUCCCUGACAUGCGAUGGAAGGCCUUCCUCCUGCGAGACCUCCUCACCCCAUUCCGCAUAUGCCUCUACCCCAUCAUUUUCUGGGCUGCGGUGACAGUUUCCGGGGUCGCGAACUUCGUUCUCUUCUGGAACCUCACUGAAUCCUCCGUCCUUGGGGCCCCACCCUACAAUUUCAAUGCGUCCGAAGUGGGAUACUCCAACUUCGCCUUUCUGAUCGGUUGCAUAGUCGGGCUUGUCACGGAGGGACCAUUAUCUGACUGGGUCGCGGUGAAAGCCACGCAGCGGAAUAAGGGUGUCUACGAAGCGGAAAUGAGACUCUUGGCUCUUAUCCCUCCCGCUGGAAUACUGCUUCUGUCGGUGUUGGUUGGUGCAUUUGCUAUCCAUGAUUUAUGGCCCUGGCCUGUUCUUUUGAUAUUUGGGUACGGACUCAGUGGCCUGGUUGUCUCAGCGAUGUCUAGCAUUGCAGUGGCGUAUGCGAUGGAUUCGUAUAAACCUGUCUCUGGGGAAAUUAUGGCCGUGGUCACAAUUGUGAGGAAUACUUGUGGGUUUAGUAUGAGUUAUUGGGUGCCGUCGUUGGCGGAGAGGAGGCUGGGGUAUUUUUUGCCUGCUAUGGUGCAGUUGGCUUUGACGUUUGGGCCGUUGGUUUUGGGGGUGCCGAUGUACUUUCUCGGGAAGAGGUUGCGGAUGUGGACGAGGAAUUCGAGUGUGCAUUUGUAUGGGGGUUGA